AUGGUUCCUGAAAGUUUUUCAAUGGGGAUGUUUUGCUUGUCCCAGACAGUUGUGGGAAUUCUGGGUAACUGGUCAAUUUUGUUCCAUCAUUUUGUAUCUUUAUUCACUGGAAAGUAUCUGAUGCCCAAAGAUGAGAUUUUAAAACAUCUGACUCUAGCCAACUCACUGUCGAUUAUCUCAAGAGGAAUUCCUCAGACAAUGGCAUUGUUUGGUUUAAAAUCCUUCCUGGAUGACAUUGCAUGUAAAGUUAUUGUCUACACUAAUCGAGUAUCCCGAGAGAUUUCUUUACAUGCCAUGUGCCUCUUGAGUUGUUUCCAAGUGAUCACAAUCAGCCCCAGCAACUCCAAGUGGAUGAAGCUUAAACAUAGAGCCACCAAGUAUGUCGGUCCCUCAUGUUCACUCAGCUGGCCUGUAUACCUGCUUCUAAACAGCAAAAUUGCUAUUAGUGUGAUUGGCGUUAAUACCAACAUAAAUUUCACAAGGAAAUUCAAUACGGGCUACUGUUCCUCAUUUGAUUCUGGUGGCAACCCAAUAUUUUUAUUUUUGAUCUGUUUUAUUGAUGUUCUCUAUCUGAGUGUCAUGGCCUGGGCCAGUGUCUCCAUGGUGAGCAUCCUCAACAGGCACAGGAAGCAGGUACAGUACCUCCACAGUGACACCCAUUGCCUCAGAGUCUCACCUGAAGCCAGAGCCACCCAAUCCAUCCUGAUCCUAGUGUGCACCUAUGUCACCUUCUACUCAAUGUCAUUCAUUCUGAUUAUUUAUUCAGUGUUCUUUGAUAAACCAAAGCUGUGGUUGGUCAAUAUUCUUACAUUUCUUGAAUCAUGCUUCCCCACCUUUUGUCCCUUCUUACUCAUCACCAACAACACGUCUUUUUAUAAGAUCUUCCUCCACUGCUGG